CUCAUUUUCUCCUCCACUAGAGACUAGGGUUUUAGGAUUAGGCUCCACAUAAAAUCCCCAGUCUCUGCCGCUUUGGCUAGGGUUUCCAGUGUUCCUCUCUGCCAUUUCUCGUUUUUAUUCCCCAUGGAUUCUUGUAACUAGCCUUUCCUUGAUUCUCGAGAAUCUCCGGUAAAGCUUCGAGCGGUGAUACAUAUUUCAGUUCUGAAAAGGAUUCAGAAAUGGCGACGAUGAACCCUUUUGACCUUCUGGGUGACGAUGACAACGAGGAUCCAUUGCAGCUCCUUGCUGCUCAGCAGCAGAAGCUGCCUACUCCAGCCUCGGCUCCCAAGAAGACUCCUGGUCAGGCUCCGGCGAAGCCUAACGCCGCCGCCGCCGCCGCCACUGCCAAGUUGCCUUCCAAGCCUCUUCCUCCUUCCCAAGCUGUGAGGGAAGCCAAAACUGAACCUCAGCGGGGAGCUGGACGUGGUCAACGUGGAGGUGGACGUGGUGGUCGGGGACGUGGGUUCAAUCAAGAUUCUACUAACAAUGAGAAUAAUUAUGGCAACAACAAUGGUUUUGCUGGUGGUUAUAGACCAUCAGAAGAUGGAGAAGGUGGAAAGCCAUUUGAAAGGAGAGGAGGCUAUGGUGGAGGUUAUAGACAAUCCGAAGAUGGAGAAGGUGGAAAGCCAUUUGAAAGGAGAGGAGGCUAUGGUGGAGGUUAUAGACAAUCUGAAGAUGGAGAAGGUGGAAAGCCAUUUGAAAGGAGAGGAGGCUAUGGUGGAGGUUAUAGACAAUCUGAAGAUGGAGAAGGUGGAAAGACCUUUGAAAGGAGAGGAGGCUAUGGUGGAUCUAGGGGUGGCUUCCGUGGCGAUCGCCGUGGUGGUCUAAGCAAUGGUGAAAAUGCUGAUGGGGAAUAUCCUCGCAGGGCAUAUGAACGCCGUAGUGGAACAGGGCGUGGGAGUGAAAUUAAGCGUGAGGGUUCUGGUCGCGGAAACUGGGGAAGUCCUACAGAUGAGAUUGCUCCUGAAGCUGAAGAGCCCAUAAAUGGAGUUGUUAAUGAUGGUGUGAACACUGAUGCAUUUGAGAAGCAACAUGGGCAAGAAGAUGCUGGAGAUGCCAAGAAGGAUUCUCCAUUGGAUGAACCAGAAGUAAAGGAACCUGAGGAUAAGGAGAUGACUCUGGAUGAGUAUGAGAAAUUGUUGGAGGAGAAGAGAAAGGCUAUUCUGGCAUCAAGGCCUGAGGAAAGAAAGGUUUGCUUAGACAAAGAAUUUGAAUCCAUGGCACUGUUGGCAAAUAAGAAGAAUGAUGAUGAGGUCUUUGUUAAGUUGGGAUCUGAAAAAGAAGAUAAAAAGAAAGAGGCCGGAGAAAAGGUCAAAAAGACAAAAAGUAUAAACGAAUUUCUGAAGCCUGCUGAAGGUGAAACGUACUAUCGCCCAGGUGGCCGAGGCAGGGGUCGGGGCCAUGGCAGUGGCAGAGGAGGAUAUGGUGGAAACAAUACCAGCAGUUUUGAAACCCCAUCAAUUGAAGACGUUGGUCAGUUCCCUACCUUGGGGUCAAAGUGAGGGAUCAAGCCAUUCCUGCCAAGCUCUCAAUUUAAGAUAUCUUCAGGAUUCAUGUUCCUGUAUUAUCAGUGUUACAGUAGUGUAAAUUUAGAGUUCAUCUGGGGGUUCCUUUCCUCAGUAGUAUUGUUAAACUACUCAACUCAACAUUCAUAUCCUUGAUCUGUUAGGAGUUCAAUUUUGAUCUGAGUUUGAAUUGGAAGCAAUUUUGUUUUUGAAAUCAUGGUUUUAUAAGUUU